ACUAUUCUGGACGUCUGUUGGGACUUGACGUUUCCACAACGCCGCACGAGCCAAUUUCUUGCCAGAUACACAGGGGGAAAGGAUAAGGGGUGGCUGUUUGCCUGCAAACGUUAUCUAUAGUUAUCGCCGGACGAUUGGGACGAGGCUCUUAAGGUUGCUUCCCCCUUCAACCAUGUUGGCAAAGACUACGUACUCUUCUCCACUGGGGAUGUCCACAUCCCAAACACCAACGACAUCUUACCACUCUGGACCAUCCCACAAAGCAAUCUUUACAACGCAUCAAGAUGGAAUGUCAUUCACGAGCCCCACGGAGUCGGAAUUCUCGGAGGCACAGGAUGGACUUGAGGCAGUCAGGUCCUGGGACGAGAAGCAGGUCAUAACAUGGUUGCAUAGCAUCAAGUGUGGUCAAUAUGAAUCCUUGUUCAAAGCGAACAAUUUCAAUGGCAACAAUCUUAUCGAGUGUGACCAGAAGAUUCUGCAAGAAAUGGGUAUUAAGAAAGUCGGUGAUCGUGUACGCAUUUUCGUCGCAAUCAAGCAGCUCAGGAACAAAUCGGUUGCCAACCGAAAACAAAGGAACAUAGAUCAAUUGGCUGCGCUUGAGUCAGCAUAUACACCCGCCUCAUCACAAUCUAGUCGUCCCUCAAUUGGCCGCCAACCGACCUUGAAUAAUCGCCGAUUCUCUCAUACCGCUGAUAAUGCCCAUGGCUACAAACCACCGUCGCGGCCAGGAUCACCCCUGCGGGCCCAACGUUAUGUUGCUAGCCCGAUGGAGAGCGCUCGCAAGGAACAAGGGCAAGGCUACUUCGGUCACAACUCCUCUGGUAGUUCCGGCGCUAGUCGGAACCCAGCAACCCCUAACGAGGCUCAGAAGAGCCAUUUGAGACAAAACCCUAGCAUUGAUGGCCUGACAAUGGGGUCUCUUCCCCCUAACUCACCUGUUAUUCGAAUAAUCUAUACUGGCGGACAAACAAAAGUAUUGAACAUCAAACUUUGCAGGACAGCUGAUGAAAUCAUACUGUGCGUGCUCAAGAAGCUGCAACUCCCUGAGCAUCAAUAUCGGAACUACUGCUUCUAUGUGUUAGAUGGCCUGGAACCAGACCCGUCGAACUGCAGGAGGCUGGCGGAUCAUGAGCUUAUGGAGAUUUGUGAAAGUAACCACAAAUCUGAGCGUGGCCGCCUCAUACUACGGAAGAUUCAUGCUGGAGAGCCAGACACGGACGAGCUCCGGCGUGCCUCUCAACUCGCCAUUGAUGAAAGCCAAGCGACACAUAUCAAUGCCCUGAAUAGCUCAAACCCACGCACACAGUUUAAGAUCCAACAACUCACCGGCGAACCCUGGCAUAAUAUAAAACAACCGAUUUCACCCAUGUCUGCUCGGCAUCAGAAUUCGAGUGAGCAUGAUUUGCAAUUGCUGAAUACGGAGCGACACGCCGUGUCUAAAUUACGAUCGUUCUUUGGUGCUCGACCACCUAGCGAGAUGAUUAUCCAUGAAAUCACAUCUUACUUCCCUAGUCACCACCGGGAAGAUAUUGAGAAGACCAUGCGCAUGUCAAUUCGGAGGUCGCAGCGCCUGAGCCGUGCGGCAAGUCGAUUGAGUGUUGUUAGCAAUACAAGUUACGCAUCCAGCUUAAGAGAUGCACCCCCUAUCCCCAGUAUUGCUGAUACCUGGCUUAAUACUGGUGCCCAACCCACUCGCGCUUCGAGGCCUCUUUCAGUUUCCAAGUUCAGCCUUCCUCAAGCGACGUAUAGAGAUUCAAUCGCGUCAAGUUCCCUUCAACCGCUUCAGGAAGAGUCCCCCAUUGAGCCAAAUCGCAAAUCAUAUGUUUCUUUCGAUAGUGGUUCUGACGAUCCCAGUACAUCUCGUCAGAGCCUUGUGGAUGAGAAUGCAAGUGUUGCUGCAACUGACGGAGGCUCACUCAAUGAACGAUUGAGCGUUCUAGUUGCUGAAGAUGGUGAAGAGGAAGACGACGGUCUUAAUGACUUCCUCGCUGGAAACAACUUCGCGCCUAAGAAUUGGAUGAAAGGCUCCUUGAUUGGUGAAGGAUCUUUUGGAAGUGUGUUUUUGGCCUUGCAUGCGAUCACUGGAGAACUUAUGGCGGUCAAACAAGUUGAGAUACCAUCGGCAACUAAAGGCACAGAAUUCGACAAACGGAAGAACAGCAUGGUUACGGCACUCAAACAUGAAAUUGAACUCCUGCAAGGUCUUCACCACCCAAAUAUUGUCCAGUAUCUGGGUACCGCUGCUGAUGACCAGUAUUUGAACAUUUUCUUGGAAUACGUUCCCGGUGGAUCUAUUGCUACAAUGCUCAAGCAAUACAACACUUUCCAAGAGCCUUUAAUCAAGAAUUUUGUACGACAGAUUUUGACAGGCCUCUCAUACCUGCACAGCCGUGAUAUUAUCCAUCGUGACAUCAAGGGCGCGAACAUUCUUGUGGACAACAAAGGUGGCAUCAAAAUCUCGGAUUUUGGUAUCUCCAAACGGGUGGAAGCUUCUACAGUCCUUGGUUCCCGGGCCAGCGGCACAGGAGGUGGUCAUCUACAUCGGCCGUCGCUGCAGGGUAGCGUAUAUUGGAUGGCACCAGAAGUUGUUCGACAGACCGCCCACACCAAGAAGGCAGACAUUUGGAGCUUAGGAUGCCUGGUCGUGGAGAUGUUUAUAGGUGCUCACCCUUUCCCCGACUGCAGUCAGCUGCAGGCCAUUUUCGCCAUUGGAAGCAACAAAGCCAGACCACCUGCGCCAGAGCAUGCGAGCAAGGAUGCUGUUGCAUUCCUGGACAUGACAUUCCAGGUUGACUAUGAGCAACGGCCGAGUGCUGACGAGCUUUUGAAGUGUCAAUUUCUCGCCACGCCAAUUGCGUGAAACCAGCCCGGCUGGAUGUGGAAAACGAAAAGGAAAAAAAAAAAGAAAAAAAAAAGAAAAAAAUUGCAAUGUCUGAUCGAGAUUGAUGAAUACCCCAGGCGUAAAUGCCGCUAAGCACGUUGAGAUUUUUUAAGAUCUAUGAAUUUUGAAUGCUUGUGCUUUAAUUAUCAUUCUUUGGUUACUUCACCAUUCCUCUGACCCAGGAUCGCACGGCAUCCAACUCUCUGGGUUACCCCAACCAGCCCAGUCAUAAUUUCAUUGUCGACAUAUAAUAAAAUGAUGAUGUAUAGAACUGAACAUAAAGUGUUCCCAAUUCACGGACUUAAACUUUAUUAUUUUUGUAUAUUAAUAGGCGAGAUUCUAUCCUGGUAGAUCUGGG